CCCGGUAGGACCGCGCGCUGAAGCCCGCUCCGCGUCCCCGCCGCCGGAGGAGGUGCCCGCACGCUCGCGGCGCGCGCCGGCCCCACACGCUCGGCCUGUGGGCGAUUUCCUCCGGACCCAGGCUCCCGGGCCGAGGAGGAAGAAGAUGCAGACCUUCCUGAAAGGGAAGAGAGUUGGCUACUGGCUGAGCGAGAAGAAAGUCAAGAAGCUCAAUUUCCAGGCCUUCGCGGAGCUGUGCAGGAAGCGAGGGAUAGAAGUCGUGCAGCUGAACCUCAGCAGACCGAUUGAGGAGCAGGGCCCCCUGGACGUCAUCAUCCACAAGCUGACCGAUGUCAUCCUCGAGGCAGACCAGAAUGACAGCCAGUCCCUGGAAUUGGUGCACAGGUUCCAAGAGUACAUCGAUGCUCACCCUGAGACCAUCGUCUUGGAUCCCCUCCCCGCCAUCAGGACCCUGUUAGACCGUUCCAAGUCCUAUGAACUUAUCCGAAAGAUCGAGGCCUACAUGAAAGAUGACAGAAUCUGCUCGCCGCCUUUCAUGGAGCUCACGAGCCUGUGUGGGGAGGACACCAUGAGGCUGCUGGAGCAGAAUGGCCUGGCCUUCCCCUUCAUUUGCAAAACCAGAGUGGCUCAUGGAACCAACUCUCAUGAGAUGGCUAUUGUGUUCAACCAAGAGGGCCUGAAUGCCAUCCAGCCUCCCUGUGUGGUCCAGAACUUCAUCAACCACAAUGCUGUCCUGUACAAGGUGUUUGUGGUGGGCGAGUCCUACACAGUGGUCCAGAGACCCUCACUCAAGAACUUCUCUGCGGGCACAUCAGGCUCCUCCCCAGGACCAUCUCUCAUGCCCCCUGUCUGGACUGGCUCUGGUCGGAGCAGCGGGAGGACUGUCGGGCACACCGGGGUGGCCAGGGGCCUCUGUGCCCCACUAGCGGGAAGGAUGCCAGAUCGUGAGUCCAUCUUCUUCAACAGCCACAAUGUGUCAAAGCCGGAGUCUUCAUCAGUUCUCACUGAGCUGGACAAGAUCGAGGGUGUGUUCGAACGGCCAAGCGAUGAGGUUAUCCGGGAGCUGUCCCGGGCUCUGCGGCAGGCGCUGGGAGUGUCGCUGUUUGGAAUUGACAUCAUCAUUAACAACCAGACCGGGCAGCACGCAGUCAUCGAUGUCAACGCCUUCCCAGGCUAUGAAGGAGUGAGUGAGUUCUUUACCGACCUCCUGAACCACAUUGCCACAGUCCUGCAAGGCCAGAGCACGGGAGGAGCUGCCACGGAGGAAGUGGCCCCGCUAAGGCACAACAGGCUCCUGGCGGAACCGGCAGGCAACCUGGCUGGGGAGCGGACGUGCAGUGCCAGCCCUGGCUGCUGUGGCAGCAUGAAGGGCCAGGACACACCCUGGAAGACUGAGACCGAAGCAGGCAACAUGGGCGCUGGUGCUUCCGCCAAGCUACCGCACCAGAGACUUGGCUGUACCACUGGCGUGUCACCCAGCUUCCAGCAGCACUGUGUGGCCUCUCUGGCCACCAAGGCUUCCUCACAGUAGCCACAGAGCCCAGGACCCAGAGGGGCGGAGCGUGGAGAAUGCCCACUGGGCCAGCAGCUCCACAUGGGAACACUACUAAGAAUUCCUGGUGAUCUGAGGCUUCUCUGUUUUAAUUUUUUACCUGAUUUUCUGAUGUCAUGAUCGGAAUGAAGGGGGGGAGACAGAGCAGAACAUCAAGUGGCCCAGCCUCGAGGACGCCGCCUGACUCCUGCUGUGCAGAGCUCCUCACUGAGUUUACACAUGCUUGUGUUCUCAACACUAGGUCUGAAUGUGAGGGGGGGGGUGUGCGUGUGUGUGUGUGUAUGUGUGUGUGUGUGUGUGGUUGUCAUUGCAAGGGUGAGUGUGAAUGUCUGUCUGUCUUCAUGGCUGUUGUGGGCCAGGCUCUGGGCACGGAGGAAGGAAGCCCAUAUCUGGCCAGGCUGUUGCAGCUAAGCAGGCGAAGGACGAACAGUUUUCCCAGUUCCCCUCCUCUUCACACCUGCCCAUGCCCAGACCUCACCCUCCCUCUUGUCCCAGAUGUGCUCUCCUCCAAGGCUAACCUUUGCCCCCCCCCUCGCUCUCCAAAGCCAGGGAAGCAGUAGACGCCCCCUCGGGAGCUCUACAUGGAGGAUCUGGGCUGUAGGAAGGGAAAGGAGCUUCCUGUGGGUGUAGCCGAAGCCCACUGGCUAUUGCUAGUUUUCACUGGCCCGUGGAAUACAGCAGGCCACUAUCCACCCUACCCCGACCCUAUUGCUCACUGAGAUCCAAGAAGGAGGCCAUCUUGACUAGGAGUCCAGGAGUCUGCCAGGACCCAGGGUUUACCCUGGGACUUCCAACAGAUCAUUCCGUGAGUCUUCAGGCCUCCACCACCUCAUCUCUUCAGGGUGGCUCCUGAAACGGAGAACUGAAGGCCCGGUCUAGUGGUCUAGCCCACAAGGAUCUCUGCUUCCUUGUGUCAUCCGGUCCCUCUUUUCAGGUGAGAGAAGACCACCCACAGGGCUGCUCCUGUUCACACUCGACAGCCCCUCCUGGUACAGCAAGGCCCAGCUCAUUCCUGCUGUGUUCAUGGCGAGUCCCUUGCACUGAGCACCAGGCAAGCCCCCAAGGGAGUUGUGCCCCAUUUCAGACUCACUCUGACCCCACAGCAGCUGGCAGACCACCCACUGGCCCCAAAGCCCACAGGAAAGGACCCCUGUGGAGCCCCAGGUCAGCAGCCCAGGACCCCCAAGGGUGAUCUUGUGUCUUAAGACAUCAGCUCACUAUGUAAAGAGAAUGAGGCCUCUGGGUUGUCCUUAGGUCUAAUAAGAUAGAGUACACUAGAGGAAGCAGCAGCAGCAGCCCUGGGAAGGCCACUAAGGGCCACGCAGGGGCAUCCUUUGGGCAAGGAGAAGCCGAUUGGCUUCCUCAGAAGCAGAAUCCCAGGACUAACCACGUUUACAGGACCCGAGUGUUGAACUGAUGAUGUCUGUAAGUCACCUUCCCAGGCCUGACCCUGAAUACAGGGGGUGGGAAGUGUGGCCGCCUCUUGCACUGCUUUGUCUCCAGAAUAAACUACUGAGAUCAAACCGCA